GGGGGCGAGGUGAGGCUCCCCGGUCCCUCUCCCGUGGCUCCCGGAGCUGCCCGGGCUUGCUCUCGGUGGCAAGGCGCAGGACCGGCUGGGCUCCUCCAUCCUCCUGCCUGCUUUACAUGCAAACUGCUGCCCGGCGAUUGGCGGGCCGGGCAGCACCGGGACGUCGUUUCCCCGGCAGCACCAGCCCGGGCAGGGAGGGGGGUGAGAUUGGUGGUGGGUACGGGGGUCGGGCUGCCCGCUGGGAUUCAGGGAGCUUGGACACACUAAAGCCCCCGCCGCAGGGGAGGGGGGCGAUGCUCCCGCUGCCCAGGGCUGCGAGUGGCUGUAGGGGAGGAGGAGAGUUAUGGCCGGGGAGGGCGAGGAAGGUGGCACUGGGGACAAUGCGAGAGGUUGGGGAAGCAAGGCCAGGGUGAUGUGGCUGGUGGUGCUGGUGGGAGAGACCCUGGUCUGAGCCGGUGCUGCGGGGAGCAGGCAGGAGAGCCUGCCAGGGGAAGGGGGUUGAGGUGGGGGGCUGCCCUGCAACCUUCCAUCUUUCUCCCCUCCCAAGCCAUGUCUGCCUGGUGCCUUGGUCUAUCGCCACCUGAACUUGCUGAGCGAGGAAAGCUGGUGGCCCCGGAGGCAGAGCCCUGGGCUGGUCCCACGGCUCCUUGCUGGGGCCCGCCUCCACCCAGGAGGGAGCCCAAGGGCUCCCAGCUCCUCCACCUCUGCCCACCAGAAGAAGACCGGUGGCUGUAGCCUCAUGGGUGUCCUCAGGGCAGCUCAUUUCCAUGAGCAGAGGGACUUUGUGGGGGACUUUUUCAGGUUACUUCUGGUUUAUAUCUUCUCCCAUGGGACAGAGCAGCCAGUGUUCUUCAUCCCUCCCCAUUUUAAUUUGGGGUUUGGGUGGGUUUUUUGGACCUCUUUGGACAAAAGCUAAGAGGAAUCUCCAAAUGGUAUCAAGUACAUCUCUUGACAACUCAGUGAUGGUGUGUUUGUCAGAAGUGCAGGACGGUAGAAAAUAACCAGAGCUGCUUCCUGCGCUGCCUCUGCGGGUGCGCCUGCUUGGCGCUGCUGCAUGGCUCAGCCCAGCUCUGCCUCCUCCUCACCCCGGGGUGCUCUGCUUUGUGCCCUAUGGCUUUUCCGUCCCCAUCAGUGCUGCUCCAACCUUCUGGGUCACCUUAUGGCGGCACGCCGAGCUACUGCAGAAAUUAAUGCCUGCUGUAGCUCUCUGAUUGGCAAGAUAGCUGCUGGCAAGCCAUAGGGGUUCCUGGUCGGGGCUCCGAGGGCUGUGUGUGUGUCCUGGUCAGCAGUGUCAACUCGGGCUCGUGGUGGAGCAGGGACUGGUUUGCAGAUGUGCUCCUGGUUUACUGCCAUGCCACUGUGGUCACCAGCCUUUGGGUGAGAGGAAGGUGAUGGCAGUAUCAGCAGGGCCAGUUACUUCCAGGGGAGAUUUUGGUUCCAGCCUCAGAGGGGAGGUACACCCUCUACAUCUGAGGGUGCUCCUUGGGCUCCCAUGCACAAGUGGGAGCUGUGACUUUCUGUGUGACAAGGGUUAGUACCUGCUGUGCCCGUACCUUGGUGCAGGUGGGCUGCGGGUGCAGACCCCACUGUCAGGUGGGAGGUGUGGCAACGGGGCCAUGGGGAUGCAGCAGCUGCCCAGGUGUGUUUUGCACAUUCCCACCCUCUGCUCCCACCAACCUCUCAGGAGGGACAGGGGUAGUGUGGCUCGGGGUUGUGCUUGGCUGGGGCACUGGUUCAGGGCUGGGGCAGGCACUGCUGGGAAUGUAUGGACCCCCCUUGCCAAGUUGUCAGUCUGUGUUUUCACGAGUGGGCACAGCCGGCACCAGCUGUGCCACACACCUGUGUGCUCCAGGACCUGCUCCCAUGCUGUCUCCUUGGGCAGCACAUGGGGAGACCUCUGAGUUCCUUCGUGUGCUCCCGACUGCAUGGUGGCUGCCAGGACAUCUCUUGCCCCUUGGCUUGUUGGGGCAGGAGCCCAAGAGCAGCUCAGCUCUCCCCCCACUCCCAGUGCUGGGUGGGAGGGCUCGGUGGUAGCAGUGCAGUGGCCUGGCAGUAAGGAUGAUGGGCUGCUCUGUUCUGGGAGGUAUUUCAUCUGUCACGUUUCUCAGGCUCCAGCUUUGCAUCUAAGGCUGCAAGGAAACAUCACUCCUAGUUUGCCCUUUGCUUCCACUCACCAGGCAAUGCCCUUCCAGGCAGAGACCAGCCUGUGUUUCUUGCAGGCUGUCCUGAAAGCAGUGAUCCUGCCGAGCAGUGCUCUGCCCACCUCCCCAGCCUGAGCCCUCUGCGGUGGCUUCUGACCCAAUGGUGUCCAUCUGGGAGCACCAAGCUGGGAGAGGGAGUCCCUUCCCCUCGCAGAGCCCAGGCUUGGCUGGUGUGGGCUGCUGCAGCAGGGACUGCUUCAGGGACAGCUCAGCAGAGUGCAUUCCCCACAGGUAGUGAAGAUGUCCAGCAGUGACCCUGAGCGUCCCCAGUUCCUCUUCGUGAAAGUGCUGGCAAGCCGGGGGCGGCUGGAGGCGGUGACCCAGCAGAUGGGCUACCACCCGCAGUACCUUGACAGCUUCCUCAAGACGCAGCAUUACCUGAUGCACAUGGAUGGCCCGCUGCCCUUCGACUGCCGGCACUACAUCGCCAUCAUGGCAGCUGCUCGGCACCAGUGCCGGUACCUGGUGAACCUGCACGUGCUGCAGUUCCUGCGGGCAGGGGGUGAUCCCCAGUGGCUGCGCGGCCUUGACUUCAUCCCCCCCAAACUCCGCAACCUCAAUGAGAUCAACAAGAUCCUGGCACACCGGCCAUGGCUCAUCACCAAGGAACACAUUGAGAAGCUGCUGAAAAUCAGCGAGUGGAGCUGGUCACUGGCGGAGCUGGUGCAUGCCGUCGUCCUCCUGGUGCACUGCCACGCGCUCGCCAGCUUUGUCUUUGGCUGUGGCUGUGAGCAGGACGAAGGGCUGGGGGGCCGAGGCUCGCUGAAGGCCUCAUCACCUGGGAACCAGUGCUUCUGCGAAGCCACUGCCGGCAACGGCUGCAGCCAGGAGCUGCUGCGCAUCAACCGCAAGAGGUCCCUGGACUCCUGCAUGGAGCUGGAUUCCCUCCGUGAACGCAUGCAGAGGAUCCACGUGGAGACCGAGGGCAGGGAGGAGACGAGGCUGCUGCAGCAGGACCGAGAGGAAGAUACUGACGGGGAAGUCACCGGUGCCACCAACCUUGCAUGCUACAUGCAGGACCCUGACUUUGGAUACCAGGACUUUGCCCGGCGUGAUGAGGAUCAGACGCAGGUAUUCAGAGUCCAGGAUUACUCCUGGGAAGACCAUGGCUUCUCACUGGUCAACCGGCUCUACUCUGACAUUGGGCAUCUCCUGGAUGAGAAGUUUCGGAUGGUGGAUGGUCUGCAAAGCAGUGCCAUGGCCAAGCGACAGGGUUGUGAACCCUCCGUCUUUAAGCGAGGCAUCUGGAACUACAUCCACUGCAUGUUUGGCAUUAGGUACGAUGAUUACGACUAUGCAGAAGUGAAUCAGCUCCUGGAGCGAAUGCUCAAAGUUUACAUUAAAACUGUAACCUGCUACCCAGAGAAGACAAACCCAGAAAUGUUUGACAGGUUCUGGAAGCAGUUCAAGCACAGUGAAAAGGUCCACGUGAACCUGCUCAUCCUGGAAGCCCGAAUGCAGGCAGAGCUGCUGUACGCGUUGCAGGCCAUCACGCAGUACAUGAUCUCCUAGAUGGUGGGGAGCUGCGCUACGGCAGGGCCGGGCAGCAUCCUUUCUUCCUGGACUCAUGCGUGACCCAUCAUGCUGGGACAGAUGGCGCGGGAUUACUCAAUUUAGUUUACUUGACUGCCUUGUUCCUUUUUCUUUUUUUUUUUUUUUUCUUUUCCCCCUGUGGGGCUCACUGAACAGCCCCAUUACGUGCAAUUACCAAACUGUGAGGCAAGUCCGUGCUGCUGAGAUGUUGGUGUGAUGCUGGAGACUUGAACCUGUCCAAGGAGGACUGCCAAAGACGCAGGGGGAGAGGGAGAUGGGAGGGGACUGGAGCUGGUUUAGAGGGAUGCUCCUCGCCCAGGUCCUGCAGGAGCCUCGGCUGCUGCAGGGAGGGCAGAGGGGAGCUACAGCAGCUGCUCUGCUUGCCAGCCAUCCUUCAGCACCUGGCCUUGUUGGGGUGAUGCAUCUUGCUUGGAAACAGCAUGGGCAGCUUGCGGAUGCAUUGCACUGUCCUGAGUUGUAUGAUCAAGCAGAGAUGUGUGCUGGCUCUGAGCAAGGGCCCUUUCCCAGCCCAGGACUGGAAGGGUAUGUGCUUGCUGCCUGUGUGUCCUGCCCUUUAGGUCUAUGUGCCAAACCCCUCUGGGACGGACAAGCGAUGACCCAGGUGAACUCCAAACUGUGAAGCUCUUGCUGGCAGGGUGCUCUAGUGCUCUGCCUUCUCUUGACAGCAGGGU